ACCCUAAACAGCCAAGUGUAGGAACCAAACUACAUCAAGUCAGCCGGAAACUAACUGGCUACUUCUCUACUUUAAAAUGACAUAUGAAACAGAUACUACCUUAAUGCUUGUAGCUGUUGGUGAGGCCUUAGUGGGGAUCUUAGGAAAUGCAUUCAUUGCACUGGUAAACUUCAUGGGCUGGAUGAAGAAUAGGAAGAUUGCCUCUAUUGAUUUAAUCCUCUCAAGUCUGGCCAUGUCCAGAAUUUGUCUACAGUGUAUAAUCCUCUUAGACUGUAUUAUAUUGGUGCAGUAUCCAGACACCUACAACAGAGGUAAAGAAAUGAGGACCAUUGACUUCUUCUGGACGCUUACCAACCAUUUGAGUGUCUGGUUUGCCACCUGCCUCAGCAUCUUCUAUUUCUUCAAGAUAGCAAACUUCUUCCACCCUCUUUUCCUCUGGAUAAAGUGGAGAAUUGACAAGCUAAUUCUCAGGACUCUACUGGCAUGCGUGAUUCUCUCCCUGUGUCUUAGCCUCCCAGUCACUGAAAAUUUGAAUGAUGAUUUCAGACGUUGUGUCAAGACAAAGGAGAAAAUCAACUCUACUUUGAGAUGCAAAGUAAAUAAAGCUGGACAUGCUUCUGUCAAGGUAAAUCUCAACUUGGUCAUGCUGUUCCCCUUUUCUGUGUCCCUGGUCUUAUUUCUCCUCUUGAUCCUCUCCCUAUGGAGACACACCAGGCAGAUGCAACUCACUGUCACAGGGUACAAAGAUCCCAGCACAACAGCUCAUGUGAAAGCCACAAAAGCAGUCGUCUCCUUCCUUGCCCUGUUUGUUGUCUACUGCCUAGCCUUUCUCAUAGCCACCUCCAGCUACUUUAUGCCAGAGAGUGAUUUAGCUGUAAUCUGGGGUGAGCUGAUAGCUUUAAUCUAUCCUUCAAGCCAUUCGUUUAUCCUGAUCCUGGGAAACAGUAAACUAAAACAGGCAUCUGUGAGGGUGCUUUGUAGAGUAAAGACUAUGUUAAAGGGAAGAAAAUAUUAGCAUCAUGGACAUAUCUGAAGAGAAGCUAUCACUUUCUAAGAGAAAGAAAGACAAGAUCAUUA